GCUGCGGAUUGGCAAGGGGCGGACCCGACGCCCCGCCCCCUUGAGGGCCGGGAUUGGCCAGGUCUGCGGGAAGGCGUGGCUGCUCCUGUCACGUGGUGCGCCCUGUUUUCUCGUCACGUGGCUGCUGCAGGCCACGCUGCUCCUGUCGUUUCUUUGGAUGCCUGCGCUACUGCCGGUGGCUUCCCGCCUUCUCUUGCUACCCCGAGCUCUGCUGUCCAUGGCUUCUGGAAGCCCUCCAUCCCAGCCCUCUCCGGCCUCGGGCUCCGGCUACGUUCCGGGAUCAGUCUCUGCAGCCUUUGUCACUUGUCCCAACGAGAAAGUCGCCAAGGAGAUCGCAAGGGCAGUGGUAGAGAAGCGCCUGGCAGCCUGCGUCAACCUCAUCCCGCAGAUCACAUCCAUCUAUGAAUGGAAAGGAAAGAUAGAGGAAGAUAGUGAGGUGCUGAUGAUGAUUAAAACCCAAAGCUCUCUGGUCCCUGCGCUGACAGAGUUUGUUCGAUCUGUGCACCCUUAUGAAGUCGCCGAGGUGAUUGCGCUGCCUGUGGAGCAGGGAAAUCCCCCGUACCUGCACUGGGUGCACCAGGUCACAGAAUCGGUCUCGGAUUCUGGCACAGCCCUACCUUGACGAGCCCUGUUCCUGCCAGGGCUCCCCCUACCCCUACCCCUCUGUUUAAUGCCCCCUGGCUUCCACGUGAUGACCAAGCCCCCAAUAAAUCCUCUCCUGCUCUCC